CAGAGAUCCUAGAUUUUCCAACUAUCACGGAAUCUUGGACAUUUUGGCUUGCAGCGGGGUCCUUCAUCUCACGAUGUCCACUGGCUGGAAUGCUCCCCGGCUGAGUCUCAGGCCGUCUCUUUCACCCAAGCCUUCUUCUCGGACAGCCUCCACAUUUUAUGAGAGGAGCCCUCUUCAGUCCUGGAGCAUUGCCUCCCACAGUGAAUGCAACACAACCAUGGACGCGUCCCAGAGGUAUCUGGAGCCAGUAACACAGGCAGCUGCAGUUUAUGCGCCGCAGCUGGGGCGUGGCAGCCAAGCACAACCCAGAUGCACCAGCCCUGACUUCCCACGCCAUGAAGGACAACGUGCCUCGCGUGCGGGAUCAGAGGCCUCAUCAGUUGCUCGUAGCAGCACUUUUGAGGAUGCCACAGCUUUUGGCACAGAGGCUGAGAUUCAUUGGCCAAGCCUGCCUCCAGGAUCCCUGAUGUUGGAUCCGGAGCCAGCUGAACAGAUCCCUCGUCCAUCUUUGUCUCUCAUCGAAUCAGACUUAGAGGAGCUCUAUGCUGCAGCCAGGGCACCACAUUUCAGGACUCGCAAUCGUCCGGGAAGUUCACAAAUCAAAGAGGUGGAGACAUGCGGGGAGCCGGAGGACCGUUUGCGUCGCGUGGAGCCAGCAUUUUCAAGGCCCAGCAACCAGGGCAGAGAUUGUUCAAGCAGGACUUCUUUGCGGUGCCCGUGCUGUUUUCAGCCGGCACCAGUACGCAGAAAGUCUGGUCCUGGUGCACGAGCUGAGAUGCUUGCACAGGACAGCUGCGCCUCUCCUGCAGAACCAAGUCACCCGCGCUCUGGGAGAAGGCUUACAGCACAGCCGAAUGUGCAGAACCAGAUGCAGCAUACAGAGAUGUGUGCGCAGGAGAAGCUGGAGAACUUUCGGAUGGGGGCCUUCGGGCAGAUGCCAAAUCGUGACAGAGCUUGCAGCCAAUUGGCGGCUGAAGCCUCCUCGCAGACUGCGCGGAGCAAAACAAGACAAACAGAAGUCGUGAUGCCAAAGUGGGAGGAGGCAGAUGUUUUCGCAGAGCCUGGGCUGGAGCUGCAGCAGUUGGCGCAAAAGAGGCGGUCGAUGACAAAGGCGCUGAGAAAAAGACUGCAGCACAUGGAGAAACACUGCGGCAUACUCUCGGAGGACUAUCAGCGCUUGGCGGGUUUGGAUACAGAGCUCUACAGAGUUGUGGCAAAUUUGCGGCAUGCGUUUGCCAGAGAGCAAGAGGCCUUGGCUGACAGGCGCCACAGUGCAGGGCCUGAACUGUGCAGGUCUCGCACAGAUUUCACAAAGGGCUCCAAUUGAAGAUGCUCCCUGAAGAUUCAUGGUGGCCGUAUAGCUGAGCAACAGACCUUCACACAGGUGUCCCGGCCUUCAAUCCACUACGGUAGGACCUGCUGCACCCUGUAGCACUUGGGUCCCUGCUACGCUACAUGGCCAUUCGAGCAUUAAUGCUUUGCUUGCCGCAUUCAGCUGGGUGUGAAGAGCGCGCCUGGAAGCGUCGGCAAAAUAUGCCUGGCAAAGGCAUUUUAUAUUGGACAUGGACAAAGGCAUUUGAAUGCGAGGCCUUGUCCUAGUGUGAACAGCCAAAGAAGCCCAGACCAAGAAAAAGGU